CCAUCGAAGUUAUGCUUGGAUGUGUAUGUUUCGGUUUAGGUUUUCUAUUCUAGCUCCAGCAAAGAUAAGGCCUGGAACAAAACAGAACAUCCUGAUAGAGGGUCAGAAUAUGCACCAGUUACUAAAAGUCACUAUCCAGGUCUAUGACUUUCCAGUCUCCGAAACUGUCUAUUUGCAGGACUCAGUUAUCCUCAAGUCAGACAACAACUACAGCGCCCUCAAGACCAUUGAGAUUGAUCCAAAUGUGCUACGUCCAGAUGGAAAGAAGAAGUAUGUGAAGCUGGUUGCUCAGUUCGGCCCCUUCCAUCGUGCAGAAGAAGUAAUAGCAGUGUCGUUCCGCACUGGACACAUCUUCAUUCAGACUGAUAAACCUGUUUACAACCCUGGAGAUGCAGUGCGUUGCAGGGCUUUUGUAUCUGAUUCAGAAUUCCGUGCUUCCGAGAGAACCAUAUCUCUUGAGAUUCAGAAUCCAGAUGGUAUUGCAGUACAUGGUAUGUCCAGAGCCAAAUCAAUAGAUGGGAUACUAUCUGACACCUACCUCCUCUCCACUGUAGUCAAAGAGGGCAAGUGGAAAGUAGUUGCAAAGUUUGAUCAGGGAAAAGAGAACAUUUUCAGCAGAGAGUUUGAAGUAAAGAAAUACGUGCUCCCAGCAUUCAAUGUCACUUUGACUCCAAAGACGUCCCACCUCGGUCUAGAUGCAGAUAAGCUGGAAGUAGAAAUAACAGCCAGGUAUCUUUAUGGUGAACCAGUGCAAGGUGUUGCAUAUGUGCUGUUUGGUAUUGAAAUAAACGGUGAGAAGAAGAGACUCACAUCUAUGAAGCAACUGAACGAUCUGAAUGGAGGAAUUGUUAGUUUGACUAUGGAGGAGAUAAAGAGGGCCUAUCCUGACACAAACAGCCUAGUGGGGUCUUCUGUGUACGUCAAAGCGUCAGUAAUGACCAGCACAGGUAGCGACCUUGUGGAAGCAGAGAAAUCCGGCAUUAAAAUAGUAAUAUCACCCUACAUGCUCUCCAUCAGGGACACACCAAAGUAUUUCAAACCUGGCCUGCCAUUUGGCAUGACGGUUACAGUGAGUAACCAUGACGGCUCUCCAGCCCCUAAUAUUCCUGUUAAAAUCAGUUUUCUUGAAAGCCCAAUCAGUGAUCACCACGGCAUCAUCCAAGUCUACAUCAACAUGCCUAACACGGCCAGGUCAUUUGGUGAAUCACAGAUACUGAAAGUGGAGACAGCGAAUCCUUCGCUGAGACCAGAACAGCAGGCUGUUUUAGAAGUGCAUGUGGAGCCAUAUGCCCCUUUUUCCGGCCACAGGAACUUCCUGCAUAUCUCAGUGGGUCUCAAUAAAGUGGCGGUGGGCGAUGGACUCAACGUCCAAGCGCACAUCAAAUCCCCACCAAAUCAAAAAAAGCUUGUGGAGCAGCUGACGUAUGCCGUGUUAAACAAGGGAAAUAUAAUCCAUGCCGGGAGAGUGAAUGUCAAAGACCUGGCUGUCAUAAACAUUCCUCUGCUGGUUACCGCAGAAAUGCUACCUUCCUUUCGGAUUGUGGCGUACUACAUUUUGCCAUGGAUAUCUAAUGCGGAAGUGGUGGCAGACUCUGUGUUUGUUGAUGUGGAGGACCGGUGUGUGGGUUCGCUCAGUGUAGGACCAGUGAAGGGAGAAAAACACAAUUCCUACUCACCAGGCAGCAGCUUUAAAUUUGACGUGAAAGGUGACCCGGGAGCAAAGGUCAGCCUGGUUGCGGUGGAUAACGCCGUCUUUCUGUUGAGUAAAAACCGCCUGACACAGAAGAAGGUGUGGGAGGUGGUGGGACAGGGUGAUAUGGGCUGCACCUCAGGAGGAGGCAAGAAUAAUAUGGGUGUAUUCAGUGAUGCAGGACUGAUGUUUUAUUCCAGCACAGGAAGAUCCACUGACUACAAAAAAGAUUGCUCCAGUAAAUCUAGAAGAAGACGUUCGGCUGCCAAACUGCAGCUCAAAGAGCAGCUGGAGAAGGUAUAUUCUGACGAGUUCCUGCAGAGAUGUUGUGUGGACGGCAUGCGGGAGAUUCCCAUGCCCUAUUCGUGCUACCGCCGCUCCCUCUACAUCACCGAGGACUGGAGCUGCGUGUUAGCUUUCCUCCACUGUUGCGCACAGUACAGAGGGGAGGAGCUUGGUGUCGUUACCAGGCCCCCGACGACCACCCUUCCACCAACCACCACCCCUACACCCACCACCUCCCACCUCCGUAUUUUACCUAUGCUUAUUAGGGAAGAGACCUUUAGAGAUUAUUUGACCGGGUCCAGUUUUUCAGAUCGCGUUGAGGUUUCCCGAUUUGUUGCCCUCGGAUCUCCCGUCCUAAUUGGGUUGGCAGGAGGACGCAUGGAGAGUCAUGUUGAAAGGAUGAAAGAGAAGGUGGAGGAGGAGGAGGAGGAGCAAGAGUUCAAUGAAGAUGAUUUAGCUGACAUAGAAGACAUUUACGUGCGCACCAAGUUCUUCGAGUCGUGGCUGUGGACUGACAUCAGACUGCCCAGCGUACCCAAGUCUGACGGGCUGGCUGUGUUUUCAGUGGACACGGUUCUUCCUGACAGUAUCACUCAGUGGGGGUUUCUAGCCGUCAGUGCCUCACCUGAGAAGGGUUUCUGUGUAGCUGAACCUUAUAACGUGCGAGCGUGGCAGCCGUUCUUCAUAGACCUGCGGUUGCCUCACUCAGUGUCCAGAAAUGAACAUGUGCAAAUCAAAGCUGUGGUCCACAACUACAGGGACUCAAAACUGGAGGUACUGGUGAUCCUGGAUAAGACAGAGGACAUGUGUAGUGUGGCAUUUAGCGGACCCCACAGACAGCAGGUUUCGGUGCAGGCCGGCUCCUCCAAGCUCAUUACAUACACUAUCAUCCCCCUCAAAACAGGAGAGCUCCCCCUACAGGUCACAGCCAUUGCGGCCUCGUUCAUGGGGCAAGAUGCAGUGAGGAAGAAUCUACGUGUGGUAGUAGAAGGCAUCCAGACAAUUAAAGUGAGGAGUUUUGUGUUGAACCCCACUGGGAAAGGAGACAGUGCUGGGAGACAGAUGAUAGAAGUGGAGAAGAUGCAGCUGGACGCCGUUGUACCGAAAUCUCUGCCGGAGACAUUUGUCAAUGUCAGAGGUGAUUUGCUGGCAGACAGCAUUGAUAACUCCAUUCAGGAGGACUCGCUGGCAUCUCUGAUCCGCAUGCCCGGCGGGUGUGUGGAGCAGAACCUGGCCACCAUCACACUGCCCCUCAUUGCAGCCCAUUACUUGGACCGUAGUGCAAACUGGGCCGUUGUGGGAGUAAGUCGCAGAGAAGAGGCCAUCAAAUACAUACAAAAAGGUUACGAAAAUCAACUUAAUUAUCGGAAAACGGAUGACUCGUACCCUCCCUACGCCAAAGAAGGCACCAGCACAUGGGUCACUGCAUAUGUGGUAAAGGUGUUCUCCAUGGCACACUCGUUUAUCCGUGUCGAUAAGAAGCAUCUGUGUGGCCCUCUGCUGUACCUACUCAAGAAUAAACACAGUCCAGAUGGAUCCUUUCAGGAGAACAAUCCUGUCUACGACACCAGUAUGACGGGGGGCCUGCGGGGCUCUGAAUCCAGAGUGUCUCUGACUGCAUUCGUGCUCAUUGCUUUGGCAGAGGCACAAAACGCUGUUACCUGCCAAGAGCCAGGCCUUGACAUACAGGACGAGUCCAGAAAAGCAGCGACGUAUAUAAGAGAGCAUUUCCCCCGGCUGUCGAGGCCGUACACAGCGGCUAUAGCAUGCUACGCCUUAGCAGUCUCCAACCACGGUUGCAUGAAGAGCAUGUUGCUAAAAUUAGCCUCACCUGAUCGUACCCACUGGCCUGACUCUGAUAAUUAUUUCUUCACACUGGAAGCUACAGGCUACGCAUUGUUAGCGCUUAUCAAAAGUGGCCACAUGGAAGAAGCAGCCGCCCCCUUUCAAUGGCUGAGCGAGAAACGUGGCAUUGGGGGAGGGUACGGCUCUACUCAGUCUACUAUGGUAGUGCUACAGGCCCUCUCUGAGUACCUCGUGAAGAGCCCUCCUCCUACUGACCUCAAUUUAUUGGUGCAACUCAGUGUUCCCGGUCGCAGUGACGUACGCUGGACCUUCAAUCCCAAAGUUGCUUACGUGGCCCGAUCUUCACGGGUACCUCUUGACCAGGAAUUCACAGUGGUGGCUUCUGGGAAGGGCAAGGGAAUUUUGGAGGUAGUGACUGUGUACCACCAGCUUCCUGAUGUGUUCGAGAACAGCACGUGUAACGGCUUUCAGCUGGACGUCUCCAUCGCUGAGACUAAUGAAAAAAACCCACCAGAUGUAGAAAAAUCCUACAGACUCAAUAUCCACGUGAGGGCUCUGGAGGCACGCCAAGUGAGGAUGGUCAUUCUGGACAUCGGCCUGCCCACCGGCUUUGAGCCUGAAAACUCAGAUUUAGAGUUGCUUAAAAAUUCAGUGGACCGCUACAUUAACAACUACCAAGUGGUGGACAACCUGAGUGACAGAGGAUCCCUCAUAAUUCACUUGUUUAAGGUGUCCAGUACUGAUACAGACAUGAUCUCAUUCAGACUGCAUCAGAAAUUUAAAGUGGGGCUCCUUCAGCCUUCCACUGUCACGGUUUACCAGUACUACAACAAAGAUAAGCGUUGUAGCAGAUUCUACUCUCCUCCUGAAGACCAACAGCAGCUCGAUCAGAUCUGCAAAGACGACGUGUGCCGCUGCUCACAGGGUGACUGUUGUGUAGUGAAAGAAGACUCCUUGUCUUUUGGGAAAGAACAGAGGAAGGCUGCUGUGUGCAAUGGAUUACAUCAUGGUAAAAGUUUCUUUUUUUUGGGGGGGGACACAUCGGGAUGUCACCAUCUUCUCAAUAAAUGUGUCUUUUCUUCAGCCUACAGGGUCACACUGAUCAGCGCCAGCCAGAGUCACUAUGACCAGUAUGAGAUGGAGAUUGUGCAGGUUAUCAAAGAGGGGACAGAAGAAGGUCUGAUCGAGAAGGAAAGACGAAUGUUCCUCUCUCAUGCGAGCUGUAGGACAGGGCUUGGUUUGAGAGAGGGUCAGGACUACCUGAUCAUUGGGCCGAUCGCUGACGUUUGGCAAGCAGGGAGCACGUCCAACAGGUAUGUGUAUACGCUGGGGAAAGACACGUGGGUCGAGCGCUGGCCGGCUGUGUCUGAAUGCGGGGCUGGAUCUCCUCUGCAGGUGAAAUGCGACGAGCUGAAGAGCUUCGCAACGGCACUGACAGAAAGUGGCUGUCAGUCUUGAGACAAAUGCUUGUCUUUGAAUA